AUGCCUGGCACGGCAUUGCUGAGUAAGCUCCUGCUCCCGGCCACCAGUUUCGAGGCGCUGACACCACCACGGCCACCGACCAAGGUCCGCGUACUCUCGCCGGAGCUCCGCGAUGCACUCCAGGCCAAAGCCCUCGCUAUGGAGCGCGCCAAGAGGCGACGGCGGCUUCAAGCCGAAGCUGAAGUGUGCAGCUUGGAGAGUUUGGAGACGGCGAAGGAUGACAUCGAAGAGCAAACCCUCAAAGAGGAUGUUGCGAGUGGCAAAAAGGAUGUUCCGGCAGAGCUUCAGGAUGAGCUUCGCCAAGCCCUCGCUGAGGUGCGCAUGUUGAGCCAACGCAACGAAGGCCUCUUGAGUCAGCUAAAUCAGAUGCGCAGCUCCAACACAGGCCUGAAGAAGAAAUUGGCUGAUAAGACCCAGAUGCUUCAGAAAGAACAGGAGUUCAUCGGGUCUCUUGUGGAUGGCCUAGGUACAUGGUCAUGCUCCGAAGCCUCUGGCAGAGAUAAGACAGUUGCCUGCUGGGAGUAUCUGGAGCAAGAACCGGGCUCGUGGAGACGAUAUCUCCCUCAUGCAGAGAAGUCUUUAGAAGAAGCACACGGGAGCAAAUUGUCAGAGCUGAUUCUCCGUACCUCGGGCUUUGAUUAUCGCAUCAACCUGUCCGUCAUGACGCAGACAAAUGUGGAGACAAGGAAGACUCGUGCUAUACGCAGACGAGAAAUUUUGCUGCACGCAGAUGCCGUGCAAAAGAUGACUGCAGAGAUUCAGGACUUGCGUGGAGAGAACGGGCAGUUGAGUGUUGAAAUCAUCAAGAAGGCUGAAGAGGUUAUUUGGUUCGAGGAGGAGAUCCGAGUGCUGAAAGCAGAUAACCAGAACAAAGCUCAAGCGAUCCUUGAUUUGGAGGAAGAGAUCGCUUGUCACAAGCGGACGAUAGACGAGAUGGAGGAGGCUCACGCAGAGCAGUCUGCUUCAUGGGAGGCAACUCUGCAUACGCUCGAAAAGCUUCAGUCCGCACUGAAGCAAGAGAGGCAAAGGCAUUACACGGCAAUCCUUUCCCAACUUCCGCCAAAGCUACUUGAUGACUCGCCCAAAAGCUUCUGCAGAAGCUUGGACGUUGAUGAUCCAAAGCAUGUUGCCCUCCUGGAGCAGUUUCACGCAUCCAUAGUCACCCAUCGUUUGCGCAUGGACUCGAACGUUUGGUGCGAUCCAGCAAGGGUGUCUGUGACACGCAUCGAGGAGGUGCUCCAACCUGCAAAUCAGCUGCUCUAUGAAGCAGCGCGUCGCAUGAGGGCGAGUGAAGACAGCCGUGGCUGCUCUCCGAUUGCUGGCAUUUCUGCCUUCAAGUGCGAGGCCCAAGCGGGCUGGGUGGACAUGAACGAGUACUUACUCUAUCAUGGUACCUGUUGGCACAAUGCAGAGCAGAUCAUCGCUCGGGGCUUUGAUGCUCAGCGUGGUGGAGAGUCAGCAGGGGCGAUGUUCGGCAGGGGUGUGUACUUCGCGCAGAACGCCUCCAAGUCUGAUCUCUACACGACUUGUCAUAUGUGUGAGCGCGCCCGCAAUGAGGACUUCCGUCGGUGCCGCCAUCCUGAAGGUGAGAGAUGCAUACUGGUUUCGCGUGUGCUGCUAGGAGACAGCAAAGUCGUGAGGAACAGUAGCGAUGUUGGAGGAAAAGACCAGAUUCGCGCACCGCAGCGCGAUGACGGGACAGCCCACGAUUCCGUGGCAGUAUCAACGAAAGCAGAAGGAGGGCUGUUGGACCAUAAGGAGUUUGUUGUGUUCAAAGAUCCGCAAGUUCUCGUGAGGUUCCGGAUCUUCUACCAACACAACUCCGAUUGCUCAUGCAACGGCUGCUUGCACCGCAGGGUCCACGGAAACAUCCCUCUGCUCAACGGGCCUGAAGAGGCUAUGUUGGAGGAGGCCGAGGAUCUCGAGAAUGGCGGUGCAGGACUGGGCCCUUCGGGCGGACCGGGGCAGUGUGGGCAGUUCGUGUUCUGGUGCCUUGACAUGCGACAUGUUGUUGUCACGGUUGCCAUCAUGCAGGCUUCACUUUGA